AAUACUGUUUACAUUAUUGAGUAGGGGUGACCUUUCUGACGCACGUGAAAAGGUUACCCGGCAAAUGCGAAGACAGGAACUUGAAAUUUUGACAGCCUGAUUGAGAAACACGAAUAAGUCCAACAACCAUCAAAUCCAACAAUCAUGCCACCAAAGAGGAAGCUUGCAGUGAAGAAUGACAAGAAACAAACGGAGGCAAAUGGCGAACCUACACCUCCAAAGAAAUCUAAGGCCCCUUCUCUCACACACCCUUCCCACAGAACCCAGGAGGGACACGUCUUUGCCCUUGGCCAGGGGGAUGUGGGUCAGCUAGGGUUAGGAGAAGAGGUGUACGAGAGGAAGAAACCCACACUUGUUCCCCUCCCUGAGGGUGCUAAGGGCAGGGUGGUGGAGGCCAUAGCUGGAGGGAUGCACACGGUAUGCUUGACCAGCGCUGGUGAGAUCUACACUUUCGGCUGCAACGACGAAGGAACCCUAGGUCACGACACCAACGAGGAAGGGUCAGAGUUCACCCCCUUCAAGGUCGACCUUGCCGAGAAGGUCGUUCAGGUCAGCUGCGGGGACUCGCACACGGCCGCGCUGACGCAAGAGGGCAAGGUCUACAUGUGGGGAACGUUCAGAGAUUGCAACGGACCCUUCGGGCUGACGUCAGAGGGUAUGGAGAAACUGCCAGUCCAGAUCCUUCUCAAGAAAACUGUCGUCAAGAUCUCAUCAGGGAACGAUCACCUGUGCAUGUUGACUGAGGAAGGGGAGAUCUACUCGCUGGGUUCCGGGGAGCAGGGGCAACUUGGAAGGAUAGCGGAAAUCUUUGCUGUUAGAGGGGGAAGGAAAGGAACUGGUAUUUUGCAUGAGCCUGCCCUCGUGUACUGCCGGAGAAUACGGGGUCACGGCAAGGUGCUGUUUGACAAUGUCUGGUGUACGGCCUACGGCACGUUUGCCAGUAUGAAGGGCGGUGGAAUCUACGGCUGGGGUCUGAACAACUAUCAUCAGCUAGGUCUGGAGGACACCAAGUCUCGAUUUAUGCCUGAACAGAUCCAGACUUUAUCCCAUCUAACGGUCAAGGACAUUCGGGGAGGAGACCACCAUACUGCUAUACUGGACACGAAAGGUAAGGUGUACUCCAUAGGUCGUACAGACUACGGCAGGCUGGGUCUAGGGGACGGGUGCAAGGAGAGCUACAAGCCGGCACAAGUCACGACGCUGGAUGCUGAAGAAGUUGAAUCCAUUGGAUGCGGCUCCAGCAUGACCGUGUGUUCCACUAAGAAAGGCGAUGUGUAUACCUGGGGGAUGGGGAGCAGUCUUCAACUGGGUACCGGUGAAGAAGAUGACGAACUAUCGCCGGUAAAAGUAGUCAGCAAACAACUAGAAAACCGCAAGGCUCUUACCUCCUCAGGGGGAGGGCAACACACCAUCAUUCUGGCUCGUGACUCAUAAAGAAUCCAAAAGGGAUAGAAGCUGUUGUUUGUCGUCAUGGCAACUGAUCAAGGAUCUGAUGGAGUCCACGCUUUAGAUGGAAAACUAUUUCAUAUCGUAAGCCCGAUAGAUGUAGAAAUUCUCUCGUUGGCAGGUUCAUCUGAAGUUGGCGGCUGGUCUUGUAACUACUGCAUUUACUAGAGUCAUGUAC